UAAACAGAUCUUUUGAGUGGAUAAAUAAUGUGUACUGCUCUGAGCCCAAAGGUACGCAGUGGACCUGGUCUAUCUGAUAUGCAUCAGUAUAGCCAGUGGCUGGCCAGCAGACAUGAAGCUAAUUUACUCCCGAUGAAAGAAGAUCUUGCCCUGUGGUUAACAAAUCUACUAGGGAAGGAGAUUACAGCUGAAACUUUUAUGGAAAAGUUGGACAAUGGUGCCUUGCUCUGCCAACUUGCUACAACCAUGCAGGAGAAAUUUAAAGAGAGCCUAGAUGCCAACAAGCCCAUGAAGACUCUGCCAUUGAAGAAGAUUCCAUACAAAGCCAGUGCACCUUCAGGCUCCUUUUUUGCUCGAGAUAAUACAGCAAAUUUCUUAUCCUGGUGCCGAGACUUAGGAGUGGAUGAAACAUGUCUAUUUGAAUCUGAAGGUUUGGUUCUCCACAAGCAACCCAGAGAAGUGUGUCUGUGUUUGCUAGAGCUGGGCCGGAUUGCUGCCAGGUAUGGCGUGGAACCUCCUGGUCUGAUAAAACUGGAAAAAGAAAUUGAACAAGAAGAAACACUUUCUACCCCGUCUCCUUCACCUUCUCCUUCAUCAAAGUCUUCUGGAAAAAAGAGCACAGGAAACUUGCUAGAUGAUGCUGUGAAACGGAUUUCUGAAGAUCCUCCUUGCAAAUGUCCAAGCAAAUUCUGUGUGGAGAGGCUCUCCCAGGGCAGAUAUCGAGUAGGAGAGAAGAUUCUCUUCAUUAGGAUGCUGCACAACAAGCACGUGAUGGUGCGCGUGGGAGGAGGAUGGGAAACCUUUGCAGGGUAUUUGCUGAAACAUGACCCCUGCCGAAUGCUGCAGAUCUCCCGUGUGGAUGGUAAAACAUCCCCCAUCCAAAGCAAAUCUCCAACACUUAAGGACAUGAACCCUGAUAAUUACUUGGUGGUCUCUGCCAAUUACAAGGCUAAGAAGGAGGUUAAGUGAAGCUGAUUGGUUGCUACAAGGGGACCCUCAUAAUGACCUAUAUCCUCUUAUCCAGUGUAGUUAGUUUAGUUUACAGGCUCUGAAAA